AAACCCUAAUUUUCAAAGCUCCUCGCACGCCACCUUUCGACCCCCCACCAGUCCUCGCCUGCUGCUGCGGAGAAGAAGCUCUCUUCUUCGUCUUCUUCCCCUCCCUGGGGUUCCCGAGAAGACGAGCUUCCCUCUGCAGCAGCGCCCCCUACACCCACAACACGAGUCCUAUCUCGGCUUUCUAUACAUAUAAAUAAGAACGGAUAUGGCUCGUUUUCUGACCUCCUUCUCCAAGCUCGUCCCCGCUGCGAUCGCGGUCAGGCUCUCCCUCGCUGUCGCUCGGCGGGGCUUCGCGGCGUCGGCGCCUGGUGCGGCGUCGGCCGGAUUCGGUAGGGGAGGAUCCAGGGCAGGCCUCGUCGGGAAAGUGGAGGAGAUGGCGGCGAUGAAGGAGCAGCCCGGGGGGGCCUCGUCGGCGUGGGCCCCGGACCCGGUGACUGGGUACUACAGGCCGGCGAACCGCGCGGCGGAGAUCGAUGCGGCGGAGCUCCGGGCGAUGCUUCUCAAUCACAAAGUCAGGACGCAGUAGAGGAGAGGAGGAAGGGGGUUGAGACUUGAGAGGAGUUUGGGUUGCGCUUUGUCUUGUGUCGAAAUGCUUGUAUCAGUUGUCGUUUCGUGUGUCGUUUCUCCAUUGGUCGAAGGUGGCACUAUCCAAAAGUUGACUAAACACGACUCUCUCUCUCUC